CAGACAGACGUGUUGUUAGGGAGUGUGGGUGGGUCACUGAGACAAUCUGAUGAUUCUGCAAUGUCAGCCUGAAUUAUAAGAGGGAAGUGAGAGAAUCCUAGUCACAGUACAGAGACUGACUGAACAAGGCACUGGUCAUUACUGAGGCUGUCAGCAUGGGGGAGUGGUCCUUUCUGUCGGAUUUGUUAGACAAGGUGCAGUCACACUCCACUGUAGUGGGGAAGGUCUGGAUGAGCGUUCUUUUCCUCUUCAGGAUCUUCAUCCUGGCUGCUGGCGUCGAUAAAAUAUGGGGAGAUGAACAAGGAAACAUGAACUGUAACACCAAAAGCCCCGGCUGCAAGAACGCCUGCUACGAUCGAUCCUUCCCCAUGUCUCACACACGAUUCUGGGUCCUCCAGAUCCUCAUUGUCUCCACACCAACGCUCAUCUAUCUGGGCCACGUCCUGCUGGUGAUUCGCAGAGAAAACAAGCUGAGGAGACGCCUGGAGCAGAAGCUUCGUAAGAAUGGGAUGAUUAAAGCUCCAAAGUACUCAGAUGAACAUGGCAAAGUGCAGCUCAAGGGGGUCUUGCUGUUCAGCUACAUGAUGCAGCUGCUGGUCAAGAUCCUGCUUGAAGUGGCAUUCGUCGUAGGCCAGUACUACCUCUACGGCUUCAUAUUCAUGCCUAGUAAGAUUUCAUUUCCAGACUACCCCUGUCCGGCACCAGUAGACUGCUUCAUAAGUCGUCCCACAGAGAAAACCAUCUUUAUUGUCUUCAUGUUGGCAAUGGCCGUCCUCUCUGUGAUCCUCAACAUCGUGGAGAUGUUCCACCUGAUGAUCUCAAAGAUGAUGGAGAAGAAAAGGAGGCGCAGUGGCUCAAUUCCCCCAGAGAUGUACGGCCCCAACAAACCAAACCACAACUCGGCUGAGAGAGUUACACUUUGUUGAAAGACUGUGAACCGAGAUGUUCAGCUUUCAGACGGAUCCUGUGACUGUGAGGGACGGUUGUUAGACAUUAAUAUUGAGAUAAGUCACAACCACUUUUAAAUUGUCAAAGUACUACAUGCAUCUUGUGUACCUACAGUUAUACAUGAUAUCUUUACUUUUUACUUCAGGCUUUAAAUAAAUCAGGUCUGUGGUAAGUUGCAGGAUAGAGUAUUCAACCCUAUCCAUCAAAUUGCACACAGGUGGUAGAUGUGAACGGGACAUUAUCUGAUCCAGGGGCUACUGAAUGUGGAGUUGUGCUUGUGUGAAACUUAAACUGACUUGUGAGUUCACAGUUAAAGGGCGGUAAUAUUGAAUUAGCAGUAAAAAUGGUUGGAUUGGAUCAAUAUCUAUGUGGUGAGUCAAAGGCUAUAAAAGUUCUUUCUACAUAAGAUCAACCAAAGGAUAGAAUUUCUAGCACAGACAGCACCGUUCUUACAUCUCUACAUUUGGUGGCUGGAGCUCUGGUUCAGGGUCACUUUGGCUCUAGCCAAUUUUACUUCCUCCAGGUCCGCAUGUUGUGUCGGACCAUUUCAGGAAGCUUAGUUGGGGAACAGUUGAGAAGAGGCUCAACCUUAUUAGGAUGUUGCUGCGUUUUUUAAAAACUGUGUCUUUGUGGGCUCAAGGUUGCUCAGUUCUACAAGGCUGUGACCUUUUUCUUUCAAAUGUAACAGCACUGCGCCACAGCUGUCCCAAGACUAAGCCAGCGCACAUCCGAGUGCUAGAUUACCUCCCUGUACUGGGCAUCAAUUUCUGACAGGAAGGUACGAAACUAAAUUCCUUUUGUUAUAAUGCUGUUAUUAGUAUUGGGCCAGUCAGAAGUGUGUAUUCAACAGAAGAGCAAUGAUGGAUUUUACUUUCCUUUGUCAAAUUUCUUGUUUGUCAUUUAGCUUUGUCAUUUUAUUGAGAUGUAAAUGUCAUGUUGUGACUAAUGUGGUGUUGUGAAAUGUAAUAAAAUUAUGAGGACAUGAAGCAUCA